AUGACCCAAUUUUGUUUAUUCAGACCACCCAAAGGUGGUUAUUUAUCGUUUUUACCAAAUGAGAUUUUAUAUAUCUUGUUGGAUCAAUUAGAUGAUAAAGAUCAAUAUCAUCUUUCUUUGACUUGCAAAAAGUUUUAUCAUUUAGUAAGAUUGAACUUAUUUGGUAUCGUGACACCAGUUUGGAAGGAUGCGGAAGUUAUCGGUUUGGAAAAUUUAUCCGCAUCUUGUUAUCGUGAUGGUGUUGUCGUAAAUAAUUCCUUGUUCAUACCAAUUCUCGCAAAGAAGGAACCUUACUGUUUAUCCAUCAACUUAGUUCAAAAACCGUUGAAAUUGAUUCGACAUCCAAUUUUAAUUGACUUUAAUACCGAAUCUUUUUAUGAACCUUGUGAAUUUAUAGCAACCGCUGCUAUCGGAAAUCGUUUAUAUAUAUUUGGUGGUAAAAAUUUAUACUCAGGAGAAAUUACGAACGCAUUUUACGAAUUAAAUAUAAAUACUUUUGAAUUAAAAAAGGUACAUCAAAGUCAUCAUUUGCCUAAACCAAGAAUGAUGCACACGUUAAAUUCGAUCGAUAAUCACCGAUUGGCGUUAUUCGGUGGUCGCAUGUGCAUGAACGGUAAAUAUUACGAUUCAAAAGAUUUUGCAAUUUAUGAUGUAAAGAAAAAUUCAUGGGAAGUUAUAAAUAACGAAUCCGCAUUCGUACCAUCAAGAAGAUCGAAUCAAUCUACAAUGUUCUUUAAUGAUAAACUUUACAUAUAUGGAGGACAACAAAUAACCUCAUCUUCUACAUUGAAUCGUAUUCACGAUGAUCCUGAUAUAUGGGAAUAUGAUACAUUGAAGCUUAAUUGGAAAAGGUAUUUGAAUGGAUUAACAUUAUCAGGAUUAUUAUUACCAAAAAAUUGUAUUUCUACAAGUGGGGUAAAUCCAUCUAAAAGAUGUGGUGCAGCGAUAUUUCCGAUACGAAAAAACAUAGGAAUUUUAGGAGGUAUUGAAAUGAUGCAAAUUAAUGAAGAAAUUCUUACAUGGGGUCAUAUGAAAAUUUUAUCACCCAUGAAACAAACUUGGGUUCAAGUUAAAGUUAAAGAAAUGCCUCGAAUUGAAUGUGUAGCAUUUUAUGUCGAAUAUAAAUUUGGAACAAAAGAUAUUUUCGUAGUCGGUAAAGAUCAAAAAGAAGGAAAAAUAAUUACUGGAUGGAUUAAAGACGAACAAUAA